AUGUUAUCGGCGGGACGGAACUUGGUCAACCUUAGCAUGGAGGACUUUGACGCGAAGGAAGACAUAGCGCACUAUCUUCGGACCCAACUUGCUACAAUAGGCCGCAGACACAAGCAACUUCCAAGUCCCUGGCCCUCCCAUCCAGAAUUGCAGGUUUUGAUCACAGACGUUGCAAAGCGAUUUGUUGUAGCGGCGACGAUAGUAAGGUUUCUGGCAAGCAAGAAUGUGCUUGAACUUUCAUCUUCCAUCUCCGCUCUGGUCGGCAGAUUGCAGACCCACAACCCUUCCAACAUCGACGAGCUCUACCGAUAUGUCAUCUCAGGUUCCACCUAUCCUCCCCGUGCCUGCCUCUGUAUCCUUGCUAUUGUUCUAGCCGCCCGCCCGCUCGCAAUAGAGGAGCUCGAUGCUUUACUGCCCUUUGACGUACCACCUGUUCUUGACUCGAUAUCCGCCAUUGUCCAUGUCCCUAGGCAAGAUCCUUCUGAGCCUCCGAGCCUCGGCACUUAUCAUACAUCACUCCGAGACUUUCUUCUCGAUAGGAGGCGCUCAAACAGCUCGUACGUGGAUCCGGUUAUAGUUCACCAGUUUUUGGCGUACGGAUGUCUACAGAUUAUGAGGGCGACGCUGAAAGACGACAUGCUCGAACUGGGAGAUCCAGCAACGCUUCAUACUGAAAGAGUCGAUUUUAGCGAAAGGCGUGAUAGGAUGUUGUCCCCGGCGCUACGCCACCCGAGACCGGAGAUCCGCGUGGAGCUACUCCGGUUUGCGACGCAGAAUCUACUGCAAUGGAUAGAGACGUCAUCUUUGCUGGGGCUUCUUAAUCAUGCGCUGCGCUCCUUGAUAAGUGUCAAGGAAAAGUAUAGUGUGUAUCACAAUGCACUGGCAAUGUCUCCACUCAAGUCAUCUAUCCGUGGCGCAUACGCCCACCACCUAGAUUACGCCAUGAUAUGCGAAGUGAAGGGUCUCGACGAGGAAUGGGAUUUUGUCGUUCGUACGAUCAAAUUACAAGAUAGAUCGUGGGUGAGAGUCUCCCAGGACGGGCGAUGGGGUGCUGCUGUCGAGCAGGUACCAGACGCUGUGGAGGCAUACUCCUACCUGUGCACGGGCCUUGAGAUUUGGAAUCUUGUUUCCGGUGUAAUGACUACCUCAAGGGGGCUGCCAAACAUCCCACAAGUAUACUUCAAGGCUUGUUUUACGGCUGACGGGUCAUCCUUGGUAUAUGUUGAUGGACCUCGUGCGGUGCUCUGGUCUCUCCUUGACGACAUCUGUGUUUUCCUUCAGGGGCCAAGUCCACCGACCUGCCUAUCGAUUUCUCCAUCUGGUCAUGCCAUCGCAACAGUGCAUCGCCUUUCCUUGGCAAUAUGGCAGCCCACCCCUCGUGGACUUGGUGUCCAAUGGGUACCGUUCACCAAACCAUGGUCAAGCUUCCCCCCAGCCUCUCUAGAAUUUUCGCACUCUGGCUCGUACAUUAUGGGUAUUAAUCCGGGAUAUCUUGCUGUAUGGGACACCAUCACCGGUAGCAUAGUUCGCUCUUGCAACCUCGAUCCCCUCGUUCAUGCCACAAAUUGGUUUUCAUCCUUUUCGUCGGAUGAUACAUUUAUUAUCCAUAAUCAACGGCCAGACGGGGUCACAGGAACCCUUUUCGAUGAUUCUUACGGCGACACCACUCUAUUUUAUCCUCCGGAACAACUUCAAAUCUUGGAUCUGGUUCCAGACUCAAUGGUCCCGUUGAACGGCGUCAUUUACACUGAUCUUGGCCAGGAACUGUGCUACACCGCCAACCCAGGAGUGAUGGCAAGCCAUUUGAUUAGCUCGAUAGUCCGGGAGGACUCUUCUCGUCUACUACCAAACUCUCUUCGCAGAUUCAAGGAUGCGCUCGAAAUCAUCGACUUCCCCAUGCGUCAGCUUCAAGCUCAGUCACGAGCACCUCCAGCUGGUAUCCCGGUACCAUCACGGCUAGAAUGCGGAACCUCCACCACCUCUAUCGUGAUAGAUAGCCGUCUGCACGUUGCUAACUCCGAUGGCAGCGAGUUUGUUAUCGACUCACCCGGCAGACUAUUCCGGAACGUCAUAUUCUCUUCCGACAACAACUGGUGUGCGUGUUACCUUAUCGACAGCGUACCAGUAGGUCACGUCUCUCCGAAGCAGAGCCAUAUCCGAAUAUUCAAGUUCCCAAACUUACAACUUACGAUCAUCAAUAUCCCUGCCUCCACUGACGACUUCCUCAACCACUUCUUUAGCUCCACGUCGAGCUAUUACGCCUUGGUGACAAAGGCUUCUGUCAAGCUAUGGGACAUCGACGCUGUUUCUCUAGUCGGCGAGCUUCAAGCGUCAAAAUACGGGGAAUCUGUUGCCUGCAUGUCCCGGGAUGAAUCUAAGCUUGCAUAUGCGGGCAGUCACUAUCCAAACAUCGGGAUUUACACGCUACGGAGAAGCUCCCAAGGUCUUCGUGAAAACUAUACCAUUCCUGUCACGGAUCAUCCCGUCGUCGUCGAUGCACACGAGUCAAAACUCCUGGGAAUCGCCUUCGUAGGGAGCGAUAGACUCAGGUUUCUGGUUCAAUGCCGCUUCGAUUUUCAACCUCGCAGAGAGCUUCUUCUAUGUGAAUGGGCAGAGGAUGACCCCGUCAUUAGGGACAUAGCGUCGUAUAGGGGAGACUUUAACUUGCAGCUAGAGCAAGCAUCGCCAGCACUCGAUCGCGUUUUCGGACAUAUCCGCGAAACUCACUCUUCACAGGUCAAGCCUCGUCUGAUUGUCCUGCAACAGAGCGGAGGAGCCACCGCUGACUUCGAGGAAAGAUUUGUAUCUGCAGUAUGCUCGGAAGGGCCGCACGAUGCGGUAUACGAUACAAUAACGUGGACUUCUUGGUGUAUUCAGCCGAACGGUUGGCUAUGCAACGGACUAAACAGGCUCUGCUGGAUACCCUAUCGAUACAGGAAGGGACUUAAUACGAAGAUACAAGAGUUUGGAAACGGCGUAAUCAUUCAUUCAGAGAGAACAUUGGUCAUCAAGUUUAGAAACGCUUUGCGGUGA